GGGAGGCACGGGAAGAACCCGACGGCCGCUAGCGCUGGCGUCCUGCGGCAUGCAGGCGGCUGUCUGACUACUCCGGGUGCUUUCAGCGCGCGCGCGCGCGCGGGCGGCCCCCCAGCCCCACCCGACGCGGUCUCGCCUUCCACAUUCACCAGCACGUACGCGUCUCCUUUAUGUACUCGCGCCACACCUGGGAACAUGAAAUCUGACGGCGCGCGGGGAGCUGGAGGAGAGGGUGGGUGCUGCUGCCGCAGCGGGGGCGCUCGGGGGGACGACCGGACGAGGAAGACAGCCCGUCGUCGCGCGCGGCUGGAACGCGGCGUCUCCGCCGAAGCGCCGGCAACAGCGCGGGGCCACUACCACCGCUGGCUGCAUCCCUCCCUCAGCACCGGGCAGCGCAAGCUUAGGACGGAGAGCUCCGUCGGCCGCGGCAGCAAGGGGAGAAGGAUCAUCAGUGCGAACAUGCAGAGCCAGGCCCCUGGGUCCGAACCGGGGCGAGCUCCUGCGAAAAGGAAGCAGAGAAGGCCGGCCGGCGACGGCGAAACCGACGACGACGGCGACGAUGAGCGGAGGAGGAAGGUCCGCGGCCUGCUGCGGGACUUCUUCGAGCAGCAGCUCCGCCUGGACGUGCAGCGGCACGAGACGAUGGAGCGGCACGCGCGGGAGCGUCUCUUCUUCGAGGAGCAGUGGCGGCAGUCGAUGCAGCGGAUGGAGCGGGAGCGGCUGGUGCUGGAGCGGGCGUGGAUGGAGCGCGAGGAGCAAAGGAGGAUGAGGGAGGAGGCCAGGGCCGAGAGGAGGGAUCAGCUCCUGACAAGCUUGCUGACCAGGCUCUUGCAUGGAGAUCUGUAGGGAGGUAGUUGGCUAGGAUUAGCACAGGUUAUAGUUGUUGGCUAGGAUUGCUUUGUUCAUUCAUCUUUACAUGAAAAAUAAUUCUGGGUGAGUGCAGGUGAAUGUGAAUCAGUAGAAUUGUUAAGAUCUAGGGAAUCAGGUAGUGGUAUGUUAGAAUAUGAUGUCGUCAGAGGCUUUCUGAAAAUGAUGUA